UACGGGAAGGCCAGCUGCUGUGGAUGGUUGUCAAAUGUGCAGCAGCAAUGGAGUCGAUGGAAUGGAUACUGAUGUUGGCUUGUCUACUCUUGGUGUUCAGUGCCGAGUUGCCACGCUCUCAUGGAUACACGGAUGAUGAGGGAGAUGAAGAUACGGACAAGUUGGCAGCAUGCGGAGGCGAGGCGCACGUCUGUCAGACCCUGAUGAGACUCGUGACGGGGGAGGUCAUGGACGAACAACCCUACUGCGAAUGCACAGAAUGCAGCACGACCUGGGACCAAUAUGACAAGAGGUCCCUGACGUGGACACAUCAUGAGAGACGGGACUGGACAGUUCAGUACCGGUUUUGCGGCGAUAUCACCCCGACCAGAGACUGUAAAAACAACGAGACAGCCUUCCAUUUAGAGACUGAUGUGAAGGGUUGGAACCCGCGGGUGAAGAACGGGCGUUGUCGCUGUCCCCACUCCACGUAUCAUCUCCUGGGCUGGCGAAAGGUGGGGUCGGUGUGGAGGUACACUUACAGAUGUGAUAAGGAAAUAUGCGGCAAACAUGAUCCAUGUGUCAAACAUUACGUCAACAAAAACGGAAAAACCACUGGAUAUAAAUUUCUCUGCUCUUGCGAAAUGGGAUAUCAUUGUCCAACAUCGCAUCCGAUAGACUCGUUCACGGCGACAGAGAUGGACAAAAAUGGUGACCGUUUCGUUUAUGAUUAUUGUGAGUUAAAUGUCGAGAGAAGGAGAAGAAAAUAGGAGAGACAAUUUUGUGAGAUUGCGUGGAAGAAGUAUUGAGUAAAGUGAGAGAAAAAUUCAUCUGGCUUGUACUGUAAAAUCGGCAGUGUGUCGUCCUUCACCCAGCAAAGGGGAAUCCCAUUGGGACGAUCUCGGUGUCACAAAAUCACUUAUUCCUGCAACGUGAUAUUUCUAUGUCAGCGGUGGGCGUAAUAGAUAUUGGACAAAACGCACCUUACUGAAAAGUAAACAAUAGGCUUUAUACAAACUGGAGUAACAUGUAAUAUUCCCGUUGUGUGUGGGUAUCUCUUUCGCUCAGUUGAUAGAACGGGAUAAUGGGCAUCCCUAUUAUAGGUCACUGGUCGAUUGUGGAGGAAGAGAUUUUUGAAAAGGACCAUCAUGCCUUUCCUAUCGGGCUAUGCUGAACCAUAUGUAUAGACACUAGAAUAGUCAAAUGUCUGUGGAGGCACUAGACUUCAUUAGUGUCGUCCGCGGUUUAACCAACGAAUUAGCGGACGGGACACCGCCGGUUUUACAGUACAGGGUCUAAUCCGCAGAACAAGGAAACGAUCUCAUAUACCUUCCGAUUGCAUGACUUGCGGAUUUCUGGCUCUAUAACCAUGGAAAUUAUUAAAGUAAUUUGAUGUUUUAUGAUAUCUGUAUUAUAUCGGUAAACUUUGGAACAAUUUUGUGUCCAUGACAUAUAUGCCAUUGAUAGUCAUUGCACGAUUGUAAAUAUAUUGUAGAUGCACCAUAUACUGAACUUAGAACUUGUUAAAUAGCCACUUCUCAUUGAAUUUAUAAUUUGUCAAAUUGUUUUAAACUCUAAAAUUCUGUUUUCCAAAUCAUUUCAAUUAUUGUAGAGUCGCGUUUUUUUACUACAUGUAUAUACAUUGAAAAUUCAAAUACAUAAUAAAAAAUUUGAAGAAAAAAACAA